CGACGUUAAAUCACAAUAACUAAGCAGUACUGGGGUGCGGUAUCAAGCUAACAGCAUGCUUAUCGCGGGCAUAUUCGGGUUCAUAUAAAUAUAACACCAUGCCAAAAGCAUGCAAAUUAACGCGGGCGAGCAAAGAAUGACGCUCUCCUUCGCCGUGCGCCGGCGCGAGCCCGAGCUCAUCGGCCCGGCCUCACCAACGCCUCGGGAGACGAAGCGUCUCUCCGACCUCGACGACCAAGACGAGCUACGGUCGCAGGUCCGCGGCGUCUUCUUCUACCGCGGCGACCGGUUCGCGCGGCGCGGCGAUGACCCGGCGGGCGUGAUCCGCCGCGCCUUGUCCGAGGCGCUGGUGCACUACUACCCGCUCGCCGGGCGGCUGAGGGAGGUGCAGGGGCGGAAGCUGGUAGUGGACUGCACCGGCGAAGGGGUGAUGUUCGUGGAGGCCGACGCCGACGUGCGGCUGGCAGACCUCGAGGCGGCGGGGCUGAUGCCGCCGUUCCCGUGCAUGGAGGAGCUCGGCUUCGAUGUGGAAGGCUCCGGCGGCUUGCUCGGCUGCCCCUUGCUGCUCAUCCAGGUGACGCGUCUGCUCUGCGGCGGCUUCGUCCUGUGGACACGCUUGAACCACACCAUGUGCGACGGCUCGGGGACCCUCCAGUUCCUGAACGCCGUCGCCGAGCUCGCCCGAGGCCUCCCGGCGCCGACAGUCGCGCCUGCCUGGCGCCGCGAGCUGCUCGACGCGCGCAGCCCUCCGGCGCCGGCGUUCCCGCACCACGAGUACGAGUACGACGCCGUGCCCCUGCCGCCGACGCCGGCCGACGACAUGGUCAGGCGCUCCUUCGUGUUCCGGGCUUCGGACAUGGCCGCGCUCAAGAAAGGUCUCCGGGCGACGAGCUACGAGGUGCUCGCAGCGUCCCUGUGGCGCGCCCGCACCGCGGCGCUGGCGAUCCGGCCGGAGGAGGAAGUCCGGCUGGCCACCGUCGUCAGCGCGAGGAGGCACACCGCGCUGGGCCUUCCCGCCGGCUACUACGGCUUCGCCUGCGGGUACGCCGUGGUGGCGAUGGCCGCUGGGGCGCUGCUCGGCUGCGCGACGGCGGACGUGGUGGAGCUCAUCCGGAAGGCGAAGGCGUCGGUGAGCGCGGAGUACGUCCGAUCCAUGGCCGACCACCUGGUGCUGCGGGGGCGGCCGCGUCUGGCCGCGGCGAACCUGUUCCUGCUCUCCGACCUCCGGCACAUCGGGUUCCACCGCGUGGACCUGGGGUGGGGCGAGGCGGUGUACGGCGGGCCCUCGCACGCUAGGUUCGGCGGUGGCUUCUUUGUGGCGGUGAAGAACGGAGACGGGGAGGACGCGGUGGCCGUGCCGAUGGCGCUGCCGAGGAUGGCCAUGGAGGUGUUCGCCGCAGAGAUCGCGAGCUUGUUGAAGCCUUAACUAGCAAGCGCUGGACAUACAGCCUGUUUGGGACUGCUCCGUUGCUUAGAAAUCCAGCUCCGCUUUAAAAAAAAUCAAACCAAACCGAGUAGCUCCGUAAAAAAUUAAAAUCUGAGAUACAACUUCAUGUUCUUAUGAAGCUCUUUAGAAGUGGCUUCAAAAAAU